AGGAUUCUGUUUGAUGCCUGUGCACACAGAGUCACAGAGAAUGAAUGCCAUACCAGUAAAAUAAUUAUUAGCAACACAAUUUAAAGUGUGACAUUGAGUAGUGUCCUAUGGCGUGUGAUAUUUCCAGACAAAGGCAACACACUCAGCAAGAAAAAGACACAUAGAUAGACAGAGAGAGAGAGAUGUCAUCUAUUUAACAAUCCACGAUGCAUGUCCUGUUGAAAAAGUGAAUAGCAGUACCAUUGUUCUGUAAUAAAACUGGAAUUAUGUGACAAGUAAUAAAAUGUUUAUUGCCCCUCGUUGUGUAAUUGUAACCAUAUAGCACGAGGUUGGAGGCGAUCAUGUUGAUCUGCAUGUGAGGCAGAGAGAGAGCGCAUGAAGGGAGGGGGUAUGUGUGAGAGCGUGUGGUGAAAGGGGCGUGAGUUUGAAAGCAAGCUAUGUCUAUCGCGCAGCGAGGGAGAACCAAGAAGGGAAUACGGUGUACAGCACCAAGGGUCACUUCGGCCUCUCAGUUAAACGGUCACAGAAACCAGAAUACGGUCACUGCUGUUGUGAUAACGGUCGGAGUGUCAGGCUGACGCAGCCGCCGCAGUGGAACCCAACACGGCCAGCACUGCAGGCCUCAGAAGAAUGGAUUGAUAGGAGCCAUUCGAACAAAGGCCUUUCAGAGAGGAGCUUAUCAGAACUUUGUUCAGCGAAGCACCUCGAGGGCCAGUGGUUGCCAUGACGUCCCUUCUGAGUUUUUCCAUGCUGUUGGCCUUCGUCUGGCCAAUGGCAGCACAAGAUUCCUUAAGUUCCUCCCCAACCCUCACUCCAGACACAGAACCCUUCAAAAACACACAACAGGCCUUGCCGUCCACACAUGCUGUUGGCCAGACAGAUGUGCCAUUCAUGCACUCCACUCAGAGACAGGCUGAUUCACAGACAGUCAAGAGCACAGCUUCCACAGAGUCUGUGGAUAAAGCCACUCUAUUUGAAGGAAUCCAGUCGCUCCAGGAAAAUGGUGGACUUGUAGGAAGUGCACACACAGACAUUUCUCACACAAAGACCACUCUGGCUUCCAAUGCAGUUGGCCCUUUGUCCACUGAAGUCAGAGGUGGACUUGCCUCAAGUCUUCCUCCUGCCACUGAGCCUUUGACAUUGGGGACUUCCUCACUCAGGAAAGAGGUGAUUGGACCAACAGAAUCUCCGCAGGCCAGCCGGAGCCCAGUCCAUAGUACCUCUCAGGUGUCCACGGAGGUGGAGCCGACGACCACAGAGGGACCAAUCCAAUCUCCCGCGGAAGAUGCCUCUCCACCGGCUGGAUCAGGUGAUCAGGUCAUUCCAGUUUCAAAGAAGAUGGCGGAGGGUUCACCGAUCACUGUGACCAUUAGCCCGCUCCCACCCAGGAGGGCAACGAGGACUAGUAGGGUACCGACCAAAAUGGCUGAGGCGCAGCCCCGACCCACUGAUAGCAUCAUGCUGCUAUCCAUCUCCACACCAGCCAGCCCUAAGACAUCUCCACCAUCGGCAGACUCCAACGGUGCUCAUGACUGGAAGAGGUCUACUGCAGCAGCGACAACAGCAGCAGUUAGCACUGGGCGCUUUCAACCAGGUGCUGACACAGGGUCAAAUAAUAAUGCUCCUCCAAUGGAGUCAGCAGGAAGCCCAUAUGCCACAGCUGGUGGAAGCACUACCCUAGCCAGCACUGCCAGCCCCCAGCCUCACACCUCCAGUCCCACCAAUCAGCAGGCGGAGAGCACAACACUGAAAGAUAUCUCUACGGCAACAACCCCUCAUCUGGUAAAUGAGGCUUCGCCCAGAGGACCAACAGUGAAUAGGACUCAUAAGAUAAUAUGGGUCACAUUUCCUAACCAAACCUUAACCACUGGAAAUGGGAAACAGACAAGGGCAGGAGUGAUCUCUCCAUCCAAUCUCACUCCCACCUCUCCUCUACCUGGACCUGUAGUCAGAGAAGGGUCAAUUUCAGAGAAGAAGAACAUCUCUAUGGCACACAUCCCCCCUCCUGUGUUGCAUCCUGGCCCCUCACCCUCCUCCUCUGCAUCCCCGUGUGUGGUGGGGUCCAAGGGUUGCGUGAUCCCCGAGAGCCACGAGGUGAUGGAUGAGGCCUUCAACCCCAAUGGCACGUCUCUGGAGUGGGACGACCUGAGCCGCACCCUCUCCUUCGCCUGGGAGCUCCAUGUGUUUGGCUCUGCCGCUCUCUUCCUGCUCUUGGGGGUAGGGGGUGCUCUGGGGCUGACGCUCUCUCCGGCUGCUUGCUGCCCCUUGCGGGGGGCCCUGGUGCUCUCCAACGCCCUUCUGCUCCUGGCCGGGGCGCUGCGGACCACGCAUUUCUUGAUGGAUCCCUACGGCUCCCGCCAGCUGCUCCCCCGGGCCGUGGUCACGGCUCUGAUCACGCUGCCGCUGCCGCUGCUCUUGUGGGCCCAGGCGGCGCUGAUGGCUCUCGUGGUGCACGGGGCCGGGCUGGAGCUCGACUUGGUGCCCCCGUCGCUCUUGCGGCCCCCCCUGCUGGCCGUGUUGGCGGUGCUGCAGUGCACCCUCCUGCUGGCCGCCGACCUGUUGUCCCCUGCGCUCUCCCCGGCCGUGCCCAUGGUGCUGCAGAGCCUCACCGUCCUGGCGGGCCUGGCGCUCUGCCUGGGCUUCCUGUGCCUAGUACUGCCUCGCCUGGCCCGAGCCCAACAGCAGCGGGGAAAGGCUGGGGGAAGGUGGCUGUGGCGCGCGCUGGGCCGCGUGCUGGCCGUCUGCGCCCUGCUGGGGGCGCUGUGCUGCCUGCUACACACACACACCUGCCUGUGGCUGUAUGGCAUGCUGGGGGACUGGAGGCACUUCGGCUGGGGCUGGUGGCUCAACGUGUUCUGGGCACGGCUGCUGGAGCUGGCCUGGGCUUUCUGCCUGCUGCUGCUGGCGUCCUGGCUCUUCUGGAGGCCCCGCGGGGGGGCCGGGGCCACUGCAGGGGCCACAGGAGGGGCAUGUCCGAACAGCGGCGGGGAGCUCUCCUCACCCUGCCAGCCGCCUGCCAUGUCCCACCCGCACACCUGCUGGGCUAAAAUUGUUCAAAGCCUCAAAGGGCGCCCAGGCAGGAAGUCGGAAAACGCGGCAGGGGCCGGAGCCAACGGGGCAGGUGGGUCAGGCGGAGGUGGCGGGGUGUCCGACGAGCUCCCAAACAACUGGGCCGGACAGGAGCGCUCAGGCGCCGACAUCAGCAAGAGCCUGAUCCGCAAUCGCGAGCCCAAGGACAGCAACUGCUCCCGGCAGCAGCAGGGCUCCGGAGGAGGAGGAGCGGGGUCCCUGCUUCGGCUGCAGGCUCUAACCCGCACCCCGGCCCUCUCCCUCAGCUCCAGCCUGGACCGCGACAAGGAGUCCUCAAUAUCGCUCUGCGACUUUGACCUGCGCCCCCCCUCGCCCAUCGACCUGAGCCGCAGCAUCGACGAUGCCCUGCACCGUGAGCACCUGCUGCACGGGAUCGGCGUCUUCCGGCCCCUGAGACCCCCCUCGCCUUCCCCAGAGCCCCCCUCGCCUGGGCCCUGGCUGCGCCGGAACAGUGACCCCCAGCUCUCGUUGUCCGACAGCAGAAGCACGGUGCUCACCGAGUCCUCCGAGGGGCUGGAUCGCCUGGUCAACAGCUCUGUGCCCAGCAGGCAGGUCACGGCACCCCCCACUCCCACACACCAGGGCCCGCGCUGGAUAGCAGAGCAGCAGGUCCCCUCCUCUCUGUCCUGCCCCGUGUCGCUGCGCCCAUCCUGCAAUAGCCUGGACCGCCUCACCCCAGCAGGUGAGGACACACGACCUUUCCUGACCCCCGAUUUGGACAGAGCUGGCUCGGAACUGGACAGUUCGGCCGGCAAGCGCUUUUUAAAGGUCAGUCGCCAGGACGACUCGGCGAGUGUGAGCAGUGACAUCAUUGACUUGUGAUGGUGCUGGGCUGAGCCCAGCCCUUGCAGUCCCAGCCGUAAGGGUGCGCAGAGGAACAGCCGUAAGAGUACGCAGAGGAACAGGAGCCUCUCAGACCUGCACGCCCACAGAGGAGGCACUCUAUGACAAUCAGAUGUGUGCUACAUACCCCUGUUAGGGUAUGCCAUGCUAAAAAGCAAGUUGGCAGAAAGAGUACCACACAUGGCUUGCAAAGCUUGUGUAUGUAUGUGUGUAUACAGUAUGUGUAUGUGUGCGUGUGUGUGCGCGUGCGUGCGUGCUCGUGCGUGU